AUGGAGCGCAAGGGCUCGGACGCGUCGGAGGGCCCUCACCACCACUCGUCCCGGCCUGCCGUGGACGAGGGCUUCGACCCCGCGUUCCUCCGCUCCACCGUCCGCAAAGUCGACUGGCGCCUCAUCCCCAUUCUAACCGCCAUGUACUGCGUUUCGCUCAUCGACCGCACCAACCUCUCGCUCGCGCGCCAGGGUAACGAGAUGCACAUGGACCGCGAGCUCGGCACCAACCUCGGCAACCGCUACUCGAUUAUCACGCUCACCUUCUUCGUGCCGUACAUCAUCUUCGAGAUUCCCUCCCAAGUCGGUCUCCGCUUCUUUGGGGCCCGCUGGUGGCUCGCGUCCGCCACGACGCUCUGGGGCAUUGUCAUGAUUGGCAUGGGCCUGGCUAGGAACUGGGAGACGCUCGCCGCGCUUCGUGCAAUCCUCGGCCUCUUCGAGAGUGCCCUGUUCCCCGGAGCGGCAUUCCUUAUCAGCUGCUGGUACCCGCGCAAGCAGAUGGCGGUGCGCAACUCGUGCUUCUUCAUCUUCGCUGGCCUCGUCGGGUCGGCGAGCGCGCCCAUCGGCUACUGCUUCACCCUCAUGCACGGCCUCGGCGGCUACAGCGGCUGGGCAUGGGUGUUCAUCAUGUACGGCAUCGUGACGGUGAUCGUCGGCCUCUUCGGCUACGUCUUCCUCGUCGACUUCCCGGACCGCGCGACGUUCCUCACCGACGAGCAGAAGCAGAUGAUCCUCACGCGCAUUCAGCGCGACCGGUCCGACGCCAAGCCUGACCCCGUGACGCUGGCCAAGAUCGGCCAGCACCUUUGCGACUGGAAAGUGUGGCUGUUCGGCUACUUCCUCAUGUCCGCCACGGUCGCGAGCUACUCGCUCGCCUACUUCCUCCCCGUCAUUCUGGGAACUAUGGGCUUUAACAACGUCCAGACCAUGCUUCUCGGCACGCCGACUCAUGUGUACGCGCUCAUCCCCGCCCUCGGCUCGGCAUGGGUCGCCGACAAGUACCGCAACAUGCGCUCGGUCGUCAUCAUGUUCAAUGCUCUCGUGUGCAUCGCCGGCACGUGCAUCUACAGCCAGCUUCCGCUGUCGGCCAAGGGCGCCCGCUACUUCGGCGUGUUCCUCGCCGUGGGCGGCUGCAACGCCAACGUGCCCCUCGUCGUCUCAUGGUCCCAGACAGCCAUCCGCGCGCAGUCCAAGCGCGCCGUCACCGCCGCUGUCGUCGUCGCUUGGGGUGGCAUUGGUGGUAUUUUUGCCAGCGUCAUGUUCAUGCAGAAGGAGGCGCGUAAGGGAUACCCAACUGGCAUCUUCUUCACGAUCGGCGUCAACUGCGGCACGAUUGUCUUCGCAUUCCUCCUCUCGGUGUACUUCCGCCGCCAGAACCGCCGUGCGGACCGUGGCGAGGUCGUCCUUGAGGGCUCCGAGGAGUUCCGCUACCAGUCCUAG